AUAUAUUUUUUUUUUAUGAAUGCUGAGUUUGUUUCUAAUAUUGUGAUUGUAUUUCAGCUGUAUAAUGAGGUCAAAGCAAGAAGAGAAGCCAGCGAGAGCAGCUCAAACAACAACACAAACAAUAAAAAUGUGGACAUUACUUUGCUUCCUGUCAACUCUCAGUAUAGCCACCAGGCCAAUGGUUAUCAUGAAUCCCGUGGUCACCCCAACAACAGCCUCCCAAUUCGUCAAUGCAGUGAAAUAAGAGCAGAUCCUUCAGUUAUGCAAAGCUUUGGCUUUCACCACCCCAGUGAAUACAGUAAUGACUCAAACAAUUACAUGCUUAAUUCCCUGAGCAAUGGCAGCCAUUAUCCUGCCAGUUGUCACAAUCUUGAAAGGCAAGAUGCCACCCUAGACAUACUCAAUGGAUACCUUCAACAGGGCCCACAUUUUAGAAGGAACGCAGUGAAUUUCGGAGUUCCAAACACAAUCCAGAACCCUAAGGUAUAUCCAGUUACGCACAGCUAUCAAGACAGCACGAAGACCAGCCCGGUAACAAACAGGACUGCCUCGUGUGUGGUUCUGGAGGAGAUUGAGGCUGAGAACAAAUCAAACAAGAAAUCAAAUUGGGAUGACUCCCAAGCCCGCCACGUUAGCUGGAAAGACCCGGUUUCAUCAAACGACCUUCCCCCUAAAAAUUCAGCUUCCAAACUGGCAAUCAGACAGAGAGAUGCUUCUCCUGUAACCCCUCGCUCCACUUACCAUGAGUCAUCACAACAACCUGACAGGAAAUGCCUCUUGCUCGACAGGAAAUCUGGCAGCCCAUCAGUAUUGCGUAAGUUUGGUGCCAUGUUGCAGGAGAACGAGGGGAAAACCUUGAUAGAGGAUGGUCUUGUGACCACCGUUGUCUCCACUGAACCUCCGAGGCACACCAGCACUCCCAUUUGCCAGAGCAAGUUUGAUGCCAGACGGGCAUCCUCACGUGUGCCUGUCCAGAAAUGCCUUGCAGACUGUGACGCACUGGUAGCAGAUCUGGAGCCCAGCCAGGAGUCUUGGGCAGCUGGUCCUUCUAGACACCUCCUCAAUGGAGACAAAGACAGUGGGAAGGGUGGUUGUGUUCUUGAACAGCAUGGCUUGGCCUAUAACUUAAGCCCGACACAGUCUCACCUUAACUCGGGGUAUCACAAGGUGGCUUCACUGUCUAAAUCCCACAAAGCGGGCUUCCAGAGUGAGGACCUAUUUUCUGACUACCAGAUGGUGGAAAGGAUUCUGGGAGCAGGAUCUCAAAACUUCAGUAAGGUACACAGAGGACUUGGUGUCGACAUGAUGAGACUGGGAAAUGACAACUUGGAGCAGCUUCUAGAAAUGAUGGAAUUGGAGAACAACAGAAGCCAGAGGGCCACAUUCACCCAGCAACUGGACAACAAGCAGGUCAACCGUGAGUCAUCUCCUGCGCCCAGCAGUAGCCAUUUUUCUCGUCCUGCUCGACCAGCCAAUCAACGUCGUCCAUCCAGAUGGGCUAAGCAUAUUCACCCAAGCAAAAUCGCCCACUCAUCCUGCCCACCAAGCCCUGGCCUGAAAGCCAAACAAUUCUUGAAUUCAUAUUCCCGGCACACAGAAACUGUCAUCAUGUGACCAGGAUACAAGAACCUUCAAAGGACAUUUUCACCCAAUGGCAAAGACGAAACUUUGACCUUUUGUAGAACACAAUCUACAUUUUUUGUAUAUAUAACCACCACCAC